UGUCGUAAGAAGUCAUAAAAGUUGCGUCAUAGGUCAACGAUCAUCUAUAGUUUCUGAGAUGGAACGAUUUAAAAUAGUGAAUCAGUGCGUUACGAUACCGAUUACUCGUAUCGCAAGAGGAGUACGUUUCACGAGAACUAAUUCCACGGUUCUUAUCUGACUGUUAUCGGAGUAUAUGAAAGGUCUUGACAAUAAUAAGUGUCUUUUUCGAUGAUAUGCUGUUUUGUACGAUGUGCGAUGCGAGUAGCGCGCUCGUCGUUUGCGAUAACGAGCCCGAGAUUCACUGCCGCCACGUUUUCAGUAUAUACUUGAUCAGUACUCAGUCUAGAGCGUCCACAAGUUCCAACUUGUCGUUUGUCGGGAGCCGGGAGAAGGAAGUUCGCGAAGUUCGCCGAAUGUGCGAACAGCAAGAGUGGCGUUCACCAACGACGCGGCUCGUUAAAACGUGACUCACGAGCUCGCGAGUUGUCGCGGACGGAUUAAUUAAAGAGAGUAAUCUCACUUCCGGCAGAGUCGCGAAAAGCUAACCGGCAUGACGGCGCCCGCUACCGUUUUCGCUGCCUUCUCGGUCCUCAAGGACCACGUUAAAUUCAAAGUCAAUCAGGAAUGGGUGGCUAUUGACAAUCUCGUUUUCAGACUACACUAUAGAGUUACGUUCUUAUUACUCCUCGUCGCAUCGAUUUUGGUAUGUUCCAGGCAAUUUAUCGGGGAGCACAUCAGGUGUAUCGCCGAUACUGGUGUACCAAUCAAAGUUAUCGAGACCUUUUGCUUUUUCACGUCCACCUAUACUGUGGUGAAGCACCUGAACGGUACCGCGGUGCAACAAGGUGAAUUGGCGCAUCCUGGCGUUGGACCGGUCGGCAAGGACGAUCCUGUCAUACACCACGCUUACUACCAAUGGGUGCAGUUCGUCCUGUUCUUCCAAGCGCUCCUCUUCUACAUGCCGCACUACUUCUGGCGAAGAAUGGAAGGCGGCCGCUUAAAAAUGCUGGUGUCAGGCCUGCAUAUGGCAUCCAUAGCAUUGAACGAGACGGAGAUUCAGGUAUCGGACAAUGUCAAAGUGCCUUCGAAGAAUCAACGCGACGAGAAGAUACAGCAGAUCCGUAUCGGCUUCCUGAACCGCCUGCACCUGAAUCGACCGUGGGCAUAUGGUCUGACUUUUUGCGAGGUCAUGAAUUUCGCGAACGUGAUCAUGCAAAUUUACUUGACCGACUGGUUCCUCGGCGGUGCUUUCCUCGGACUCGGUCAGUCAGUCGCCGAGCCGGUACUUAAGGAUGAGACGGAUCCGCUCGAUAUCGUGUUCCCGAAGGUAACCAAGUGUAUCUUCCACAAGUUCGGCCCUUCUGGCAGCAUACAAAAGCAUGACGCGCUUUGCGUGAUGGCACUGAACAUCGUUAACGAGAAGAUCUACACGGUCCUCUGGUUCUGGUUUGUCGUGCUAGCAGUGAUAACCGGUUUGGGUUUGGUUUGGAGAGUGCUGACCAUGAUCCUUCACGCGAGGAGCACGUCAUUCAACAAAUUCGUAUUUUCCAUGGCCUGUCCUGGGAAAUUCAAUCCGUGGAAUGUGCUCAGGGUCACGCACGAGUAUUAUUUCGGCGACUGGUUGUUUCUCUUUUACAUCGCCAAGAAUCUGGACAAUUACGUGUUCAAAGAGUUGCUACAACAAUUGGCGGAGGACCUUGAUAACCGGCAACAGCUACAAAAUCCUGCCCGUUAUAAAAUCCUGCCUUUGGACGUGGAACAGGAGCUGUUGAAGCAGCGCUGAGAGACACAAAACGACGAAUCUCGUGAAGAACGUCGUGCGUAAUUGAAUCCGAUCCCGAUUUAUCGGACAUCUCGACAGCUAUUUGAUCUAUAUGAUCGAACAUCUCAGGAGCUUUAAUGUCUUUCACCCUUAAAGUUAUCGCGAUCUUGGUUAUUUGAAUUUCAAUUAAGCUUUGAAACAGUUCAUGGAAAUUAACGUGGCAGUCAACGUGUAAAAUAAUUUUUUCUUGAAUUCUACUUGGACUAACAAGACAUUUAGUAUACACUCGGUUACUAGUCGGUUUACAAACAUUCUUUUUUUUCUGUUUAAAAUUGCAACGCUUCAGGUUAUCAUUAAAAGAUAAAGUCUGUUCUUUUUCUGAACUGCCUGAACUGGUGUAAUAAGUUAGAGUGACACUAAAUAUAUUUGUCUCAUUCUAAUUUAUUGCAUCAGUGUCGAUUAUAGUGCCGUAAGUGUGUAUCAGUUCAGACAGUUCGGUUAACAAGAAGAGACCUUUUUCUAACGCGUUGCGCAAGAAUCGAUUGUGACAGGUGCCGAAGUGAUAAUACAUGAGAUAUGUAAUCCGUCACAAACGUAACAGAAGAUUCAGAAAAAACGUAAAUAUCUUUAUUAUAUUUUUAUCUAUCAGAGAUAAAAGUAUAAUAAAGAAUCAGUACUUAUAUCGUCUAUAAGUGGCAACUGCUGACGUAACCGAUUACCAGCGACGAUAGCAGUGUCUCGAUUGUGAUUACUAACUUUUAGAACUUUGAGUAGCGAAGUUAACUCAAUGUCGUUCCAAGAUGGUGUAACAUACUCUGUAGAAGGAGCCUAAUCGUUCAGAAAAUCGGAGUAGCUGUAUUCGGAGUUAUUUCUAUGAACUCUGCUUCCAAGGUGGGUUGGAAUAAAUUUCAAUGUGUAACAGCGCGAAUUUAUGAAAAGUGUAUACUACUAUAAAUAUACAUUAUUCUAACCAACAUCAAGUAAUUUUUUAUAGCAACUUUUUUAUAGUAAUUUUUUAUUUAAGCAACUUAUUUUACAGAAAAUUGUGGCUUAUAUUCACUAAUUAAAUAAAGAUUUAACCUUGUUUAUUUUUCAAUAAUGAAAAACAAUUUGGUAUUAUAUGAAAAUGUUCUUUAAACUGCCGUGUCCAAAGAUUUGAACACUACAUUGUCCACGUGAUUUUCAAUUCGAACAAUUUAUCUUUUUUACUGGUAAUCGGAAAAAUCAUACAAGUAUUAUUAUAGAUAAGAAUUCAUACAUUUCGUUCACAUUUUCUUGUCACGAAAUAAACAUUGCCACGUACUGUGUGCAGAAAACAUAGACCUGCUCUUUUUCGCUGAACUAGUAUAUUCUAAAAAAAUCAGAUAUAUAGUUGAGAUUUGUUUGAAGAAAAAGAAGAACUAAUGUCAGCUAAUGCAGAAAGAGCGCGGUGAAAAAGAACAGAUUAGUAAGUUGGAAAAAUCGAUUAUUUCUAUUAUUUUCUAACAAGUUAACAGAAUUAAGCAAGCAAGAUUUUUAAACAUAUGUCAAAGAUGGCUUUAAAAUUCCUGCUUGCUUGACUCUGAAAUCUAUUGAAGAACAGUAGAAAUAAUCGAUUUUGCCAGUAGUCAACUAGCCCCGAUCUCCCCUAUUUUUUCCUGUUCAAGAUCUCCUGGAGCUGAUAGCUCACUCUGGCCUGCUCUGUCUCCCACCCGUUUCGAGUUUUAUAAGGUUGACUGAGUAGAGUUUUGGAACGCAGCCCGGGAGGGCUGCAACUUCACUCGAAAAAAUGUGUGUAAACCGUUUGGUGGCCGAGUGUAGACGCCGUAUGUGUGGCUUCGCGUUGCGCAUUACCACGUUAGAAGUAAGUUAGCGCGCAGUUACGACACCGGCCGAAAUGCCGAUCGGCAAUACGCGAGCGUGUUUGAGCGCGAUUUAUCGCGAUUGUAAUAUAAUGCGUCUCGCGUGCAACCGCGGGCUUGCGCGCAUUCGCGCGGCCAUGUGCGCGCUAUGCAUGACAUAACUGCAUAACCGUCGCGCCCGAUCGUCUUUUAACUACCUCGUACGGAGGACUCGCGUGCACAUGUGACGCAUGUUACCAUUACGUUGCAUGGGCGCAUACGGUCGUCAAUACCGAGAGAAUGAGAGAGAGAGACAGAGAGAGAGAGAGAGAGAGAGAGAGAGAGAGAGAGAGAGCACGUGUGCGUGCGGAUAGUGUACACAUAAACACGCUCGUACGUUGCACCGAGCCGAUAAACGAUUCGACAAUCGUUCAGAUCGUUAAGUCGUUAGAACCGAUUGAAAUUGUGCCGUGGCCUACUAUCGACCAGUCACAGUCGAUGGCAAUUUAAUUCAACUCCGCGACGGUCUUACACGUCUCGACAGAGAGUUACUCAUCGACGUUACCGUUACCGUUGUUACUGUUCGGUUCUAUGUAUACGUUUUUCACGCGAGGCGUUCAAAGACACCGACUGGUUGUUAACGAAGGCGUUUUUAUCUCACUUUGUUGUUAAGUAAGAUGACCAGACGUUCCGUUUUCCUUCGAGGCAGUCCCAGUUUAUUGCACUUUAUUACACGGAUGCUGUCCGGGACGCUGGUUUGUUCCGGAUUCAGCCAUUGUUCCGGCUUAUACUGGUCUAAAGAGUUUUUUUAAUUGCUCUGAUAAAAAUAAAUCUCAAGAAAAUUCAUAGUAGCUUUGCUUUUUUUCUUAAUUUUAAGUAAGAAUAACAAAAAUGUUAUCUUAGCGAUAACUUUUAUUUUUACUGUGUGCAGCAGGCCUUCAUUGUUGUUAAAUUAUUUUUCUAUAUCUAUAAAAUACUGUUAAUAAAUAAAUAAAUAAAUAUAUAUAUAUAUAUAUAUAAUCUUCAGUGAUCUCUUUUAUCAUCUGCUACACAGAUUUAUGAAGUGUCCUGGCUUUUAGGAUGAAAAUCUGGUCACCUUAUGUUAAGGCUUUUGGGUACUCACCGCGAUCAUAUUGCAUCGUGACUUUGGAAGAUAAUAAAUGAUACGUUCUUUUCUUUUGUAAAUUCUUGUGUCCCAUUUUCAAAUAAAAAGAUAUUUAAAUUAAAGAACACUUGAGAUCACUUGGCAUAUUUGUAAAAUGCCCCGAAAAUUAUUUUUUUCUCUUAAAAAUCAAUAAAUAACCGUCAAAUUAAUGUGACAAAAUCUUAAGUACAAAAGAAAACUGCAUCACGUUAAGAGCAGGUUCUAAUUUAAAUAGUCGAAAAUUUGAAAUUUCUUACGAAUUUUUUUCAAAGAAAUGAAUGAAGAUAUCGAUACAGUUUUGAUCAUACUAUUUAACAUUGUUUCAAGUAUAAAAAAGCUAUUUUUUAAAUUAACAUUUCGUUCAGGUUCUUAUGUUGGACACGAUGUCACUAUUAGAUGUCUCUAAUUAGUGGAGAAUAUUAUAUUUUCUUUAAUAAUCUAAAACAAAUAAGACAUGAAAAUUUAUAAACUAUAUUAAAUUUUCUGAAGGAUGAAUCUAAAUCCUUUGGAAAAUUUCCAAAAUUAGUAUUUUUCCGGGACAUUAAAAAAGAAAGAGAAAGAAAAAAUUACUUCGAAGUAACUUCGAAGCGCUGCCAUUUUGUUUCAAUUUCAAUUUUCUGCAUAUAACAAAAAAGUUCAUCUUCCAGUAAAUUGAAUAGUUUUUAAUUUUUCUUGCCCAUUCUCUGUAUUUCAUGUUAUACAAGUUGUAAUGUUGUCCAUAAUAAUAAAUACUAACAGCAUCGUUAAAAUUCUAUAUUAAUAUCUCUAUUCGUUUCUUUGAAAAGAAGUUCGUAAAAACUUAUUAUUCUUCGGCUAUUUAAAUCAGAACCUCCUCUUAAUUUAAUGGCUAUUUAUUUUGAGAUUCAAAGAAGGAGGAUAAUUUUCAAGUACCUCUCUUUCUCUCUUUCUCUUUCUCUCUCAAUGUAUCUUUUUAUUUCAAAAUGCUACGUAAGAAUUUUGAACAUGCAUUUUCUCGUUUCCGAUGUCAUCAGUCAAAAUAUCUGCGGCGAGUAUCCUAAUUUAUAUAUAUCCUCUACUGUGAUUCAUACAAGAGUAUGAAAAAUAAAUUUUUUGUGAAGUGAAUAUAUAUUUAAAAAAAAAAUAUCUGUGUGUAUCUGCAGUUUUGCAAAUAAAUCGUUUAUCGUUUAA